UCGCUUGUAGUCAGUUGUAUGCGAGACAUGAGAGUGUGAAGAGUUACGUGGUGGAACUCUUGUUUCUUUGAAUUUAAUUUUGUGCUAGAGUAUGAGCGGACACAAACUUUGUGAUAUAAAGUAGACUUGGGCAUAUGGUGAAUAGGUACAGCAGGCGGCAACCGUAGUGGGCCAUCGCCAGUUUGAAAUUUUAUACAAAGCUAUAGCUAAUAUUUUUUAUAACUAUGGGAUUACGAAACUCAAAGAAGAGCGUAGACAUCGCUGCCUCAUCAGGCUCUCCCAAGAAGAACGGCACUGAGCCUACGGACGUCAAGGUGAAAGAUCUCGCUGAGGACGGACAAAGUCAACCUCAGACAGAACUCAUCGAGGAAGUUGCUGCCAAGGUAGAAGCCUCGACGAAAGUAGAAGGCCAUGCCAACGGUGAAACCCCCAAGAAAGAGGACGAGUCUCCUGUCGGUGAAGACGUCGCCGAGGCAGACAAAGAGAAUUCUAAACCGCUUGAGAACGGAAAGGAAGAAAUGAAGCCAGAAGAGAAAGAAGAGAAGGAGAAGAAAGAUAAAGUGAAAAAGAAGAGAUCUUUCAGGAGCUUCUCGUUCCUCCGACGGGAGAAGAAAGCAGCAAAAUGCCAGGAGACCGCAAACGGCGAAGUUGCAAAGGACGAUGCCAAAAGCGAAGAACCAAAACACGAUGAAGAGAAGGUCGAAGUCGCCACCGAAAAGGCCGAUGUGGAGAAUUCUCAAACGGAGACACCUGCCUCGCCAGAGCCCGCAAAGGAGAAUGGAACCGUGGCUGAACAUCUAGAGCAGACUUCGUUAGAAAGUGGUGCUUGCGUCGUAUCGAAACAUGAGGAAUCGGAAAGAACUUGCGUCAUUGAAUCUUCACCCCUACCCGAAGUAACGCCUGUAAUAGAAGCGACCUCCGUCCCUGAAGUUGCCCCCGUUGUCCAAGUGACGUCAGUCCCCGAAGUUGCACCCGUUGUCGAAGCGGUCUCAGUUCACCCGUCGUCGAAGCGGCCUCCGUCCCCGAAGUUGCACCCGUCGUCGAAGCGGCCUCCGUCCCCGAAGUUGCACCCGUCGUCGAAGCGGCCUCCGUCCCCGAAGUUGCACCCGUCGUCGAAGUGGCCUCCGUUCCCGAAGUUGCACCCGUCGUCGAAGUGGCCUCCGUCCCCGAAGUUGCACCCGCCAUCGAUUCUUUCCUCCCCGCAGAUGCAUUGGAAGCAGCUGAAACGAAGACCACCACUGACACCCCCGCUGAACCUGAACAGGUGGACGAACCUGCGUCCGUUGAGGCUCCUGCACCUGAGCUGUCUUCCGUGUCCGUUCCUGAGGUUUCUGCCGAAGCAGAGUCUGCGUCUGAUUCUGUCAAGGAAGCUGCAGUUGAAGAGGUCGCCACAUCUCUUCCGGAAACAAAGUCGGAGGAAGCUGCUAAGUCAGAAGAGAAGUCUGAGGAAACAACCACGGAAUCUCCCAAGGAGUAGAAUAGGGUACACUCCCGACUUGCGGAAGCCAACGCUGUGAUGUCAGGACUCGCUGCUUCAAAGCUCUUGAUUACUUCAUCGAUCAGGGUUCCUCGUAUUUUAACCUCUCAUUAAGCCUAUAAAGUGAAGUAUUAGCAUUUGUUAAUGAUAAAGGAUAUUCCAAUUAUUUAUAUCUCUAAAUCAAUCAGCAGAUCUGUUGCAUCUAAGCUCUUUUGUGUAAUGGAUGACUGUCGGCCUUGAUACUCCGAAAUGAGGUGGGGUGGCCCUCUAACUCGAGCUUAAGACCUGCCUUAAUUCUUAACCAUUUUAAUCUGAUACGAGAACUUAUUUUAAUGAUAUGCUAGUAAUGGUAGGAGGAGCAAAAAUCUUGUUAAAUAUUCAAUACUGUAGAUUUAUAGCCCAGAACUUGAUUGUGAAAAUUUAGUGGGAUCUCAUUGGAAGGAACAGGCUUUUUGUCAUAUCAUUCCUGCUUAAGGUUAGACAUUGCUCUGAUUCGUCGUAGCUUUCGGAUUACUACUAGCUUGAUGCAUCAACUUCAGAUACGGUAAACGGAGUAACUUCGCUUGAGUGCAUUUUCUUCAAUCUUUGCCAUUUGAAUUGUUGCCAAAAUUCUGAAGAUUAUGUGGUUUGAUUCAGCUGUGUUAACCGGUAUCUCGCUUCCUCAAACUGGGGGGUUUCAAAAAAUUUGUAUUAUAUCUUCUAUGUGAAUAUCAUGAUUUUUGUCGAGUAGUUUGAAUUUGCAAUUAUAGGAAAUGACCGUAGACUUGUUUUAAGCUAGUUAAGGACAUCCCUGCGCUUAUAUUUCUCUCAUCUGAAUCCCUUAAUUUUCAUGAUUAAACAUUGCAUUUUAGACUGUUGCACGUAUCGUGUAGCCUUGUGCGUCCUCGUUCAGCUUCUGGAGAAGGAAAAAGUGUCUGAGCAUUGCUUAAGUUGCAGCUAAUGAAUAGUGAUAGAUGCGGCAUUAGGCGUUCAAGCCUCUAGGUAACGAAUCAGGAUGACUGGUUUGGUAUGAACUUCGUUAUAAUAAAUUAUACAUUGGUA